UAAACAAACUUUUGGUUUGAGUAUUGUGCAUGUGAACAUUAAAAUAUAAAUAUUAACAUGUACAUAUAUUAAUGUAUAUAUUUAUUUGGGUUUCUGUUUUUGUAGUAAAAUGUUUUAAAUUUUCAGUGACAAAAUUAUGGUUAGGUGUUUUAGUAAAUAUUAUUUGCUUAUGGUAUUUUUUUAAUGUGGCCGGCACUUUAUCGGACGGUGGAUACAGGAGACAAAAAAAAUACUUAUGUCCAUUGAUUAUUAAGUAUUAGCUUCCAUAUUUCCUUCAUCUCUUGUCUACAUAUCUGUAGAAGUCCACCAGAAAGAUGUCCCAAGCCCAGUACUCCACUGCCUUUGCCCACCUGUUGUCGUCAGGAGCGACUGUGUGGGCAAUCAGGUCGCUGCGAUCAAACUCGUUCUACCACAGCUCGUGGGCGUACGGGACUCUGGGGGCCUUCCUGGUCAACUCGACAGUUGGAGUUUUGAGAUAUGGUAACCCGGAGUACGGACACAAAGUGGCCUCGCUCGGCAAGAACACCCUGCUGCUCAGCCUCUGCGUGGGCCUGCCGUGCGCCACGGCGGAGCUCUGGCUGUUCCACGGCUACCGCCCGGAGGUGGCGUACGCACACCUCGGGUUCGCCCUGCUGCCCCUCGUGGCCCACGCCUACCGCCGGCACUCGGUGCACCGGGUCCUGGACGGCGUGACCUUGGGGAUGGUGGCGUCCUUGGCGCUCGUGGGAUUCUUGGAGGGCAACCACUACGCCGUGGCGCUCGCCUGCUCCUACGCCGUCAACCACUUCCUCAUCACCACCACGGGCUACCUCUUCGACAGCGUUCCGGCCCUGGACUUGUUCCACUACGGCCUCUGCUUCUUCAACUUCUUCCUCGUGAAAGCUCUGUACUGAUGAUGUCCGCGCGUACGGUAUCAAGGUUACUCUUACUCACGUUUUUAUAUCAGAUGUGCGAAGUUAUCUAUAUUUUGUAAUGCUGGAGGAUGGAUAUCUGUAAAACAGACUGAUUCUAUUAUGUAAUGUUGGAUAUUUUUUAUAAGAAAAUGCUGCUUUUACGAAACGUCAGAAUUUCCGAUUGUUGUAGUAACUUUAAAGAAUUUUUUUUGUUAGCAAUGAGACUUCUUAUUUAGUUAAAAUGAAAAAAAGUUUUUGUCUCUUAUCUGCUUUGUCAGAAUAUGGUGCUAAUAUUUUUUUUGCCUUCUGUAAUUUAUGUAGGCUUUAUCAGUACAAAAACCUUCAGAAUAUUAUACAUCUCUUUAUUAACUACAAUUAGCAUUUUAAAAGGUGUUCAAUUAUUAUGUGAUAGCCACCUCCUAGUGAUAAGAAAGAUGUUGGAAGUAUUUCUCAUUAGCAUGACAGAAUGGGAUUUUUAUGUAAAUACUAGUUAGUUGUAAAGUGCGUGUUGAAAAAUAAUGAAUAUAGGUAACAAAUAAUUUAAUAUACAUGAAAUAUUUAUUAAAAUUAAAAAUUUUUUUUUAGUAUUAUGCAAAUGAAAAUUAUUUCUGGUAUAUAUAUAAUAUAUAUUUAUAUAUAAUGAUAAAAAAAGUAUUUGACAAAAAAAAUUUUAAUGAAGAACCUCUGGAAAAACUACAUUGAGGUGAAUUGUCUCCUUAAAUGAUCUUUAAUGAAUUAUAAUGACAUAUGUAAUCAAAACUGAUUUUCAGCAAUAAUUUGAAUGUUUAAUUAAUUUGCAAAGUUAAUUUUUCGAAUUUGAAAAGCAAAAGAAUGAUUAAAAUCUCACAAAUUAAAUAAAAAUAAAAGCUCUUCUUUACUUCUAACACUAUAUUUUGGUGAAAAAAUCAAAUGUACUUCUUAAAAGAUAUAAAAUAUAUUAAAAUUGUUGCUGGGUGUAAAACAGCAAGCGCUGCUACCUGCAGAGUGCCGGCCUCUGACUCCUGAUGGGCGACUUCCAGCGGCAUGCUGGCAUUCUGCAGGUAGGUGCGGGUCGUUACCACAACGCCGAAAUACCAUAACGCCGAAUGUCAAAAUUGACCACAACGCCGACAGCUAGAAAACAGCUGUGUACCACAACGCCGAAAUAACAACUGAAUGAAUUUGCGUUUAAAUGUACCUUAACGCCGAAAUACCGAAAUCAAACCUAACCUUACCUAACCUAACCUAACCUAGCGUAAUAUAACCUAACCUAACCUAACCUAACUUAACCAAGCCUAUCGUAGCCUAGUCUAAUCUAACCUAGUCUAACCUAACCUAGUCUAACCUAACCAAGUCUAGCCUAACCUAACCUUUGUGGCAGUCCUGCAAUGACAUUUUUCGGCAUUGUGGUACACAGCAGCUUUCUAGCUGUCUGUGUUGUGGUCAAUUUGGCAUUUUGGCGUUGUGGUGCGUCCCCGGUAGGUGCUAUGUCCCAGCAUUAAGCGAUCAUUAAGUCAGUGAUGAGUGUAACUAUAUAUAGGCUAUUUCUGUUUGACCUGCUAGUAAGUUAUGUUUGAGAUUGUGCGUGUACUGAAAUAUUUCAUGUUUUCUUACCUCCAAUUUGGUGACAUUAAUUUGACAAACUAUAUACUAAAUGUUAAAAAGAUAUGUUUUGUUUUUUUUUAAUUAAAGACUACUUAUUUCAAAUUAUACUCGACUGUGGAAUGUUCAAUAAUUCAAAGAUUUGCAGUUAAAAUACAGUGAAAACUCAUUACAAUUUGAAGAAACAUGUAGGUAUGGUAAUUAGUUUGUGAAAGUACAGUGGACUCCCUAUAAUCCAUACUUUGGUAAACCGAAAGUAAGCUUAAUCUGAAACCGAAAGUUAGACAUUAUACUGGAAUAAUACUGAACUACAUUGGUUUGAAAAAUCUGUUAAAUUUUAUUGUCGAAGAGAAGAGUACUUUUCCCUUAAAGCCAAAUUACAUUAGCACCUGAAAAAAUGUACCUUAUAAAAUAAACUGUACAAUCACACUUAAUAAUACAUAUUUAUGUAAUCACACGUUAUGUAAUUUAAGUUUAUUUUAAGAAUGUUUUUGCUUAAUCCAAAAAAAUUCUGUAAUCCAAAAGGGGUCUGUUCCCAAUCAUUUUGGAAUUUUGGGACUCCACUGAACUUUUUACUUAACUUUUAGUGAAUUUAAAACAUCUUGUUGGUUAGGGAAAUUUAUUACUACUUUAUAGUGUAAAAUCGUUUAAAGUACUUAAUAGUAAGGUUCCAGUGAAUGGAAUGUGUUUUGAAUAUAACUUUAUGCUGUUUGAGUAUUUUUUACCGUGAAUGGGCUAAUAGUAGUUAGCAUGUACUAUUUGUAGUAUCAAGAUCGCCCUCAUUCUAAAUUUUUAGUGAAUUAUAAAAUGGUACUGGUUGAAUGAAGAUCCAUGAUAGAGGCACUAUACAGCCGAGCAAAGGGCAGAGCAUACCAGCAGAAUCACCCACUUCUUAUACGUAAUCUGGAUUGCUGGUAUGUGUGUGUAUGUAUGUAUGUAUGUGUGUAUAUAUAUAUAUAUAUAUAUAUAUAUAUAUAUAUAUAUAUAUUUAUUUAUUUAUUUAUUAAUGUAAUUAUUAAUGCUACUGAGCGUCAUGCGUAGUCUUGCCUAGUCCCAUCCUCUUGCAACCUGUGUUACUUAAAUAUGAUUCUACUUAGAGUAAUUAUUAUAUUAUUUUUAUUAUAUUGUAGUAUGACCUCUAAAAUGUCUUCGGGGUCACUAAUGAGGAUAACUGUACAGUUGGUGUACCAUUUCAGGAAGUUGUACAAAAUGUUACAUGCAUGUACAUAAUUGAAAAAGUAAUUUUAUGGAUUUAUAAGCUUUUUCCAAUGUCAUUUUUUGACUUUAAAUUUUUUAAUAUUUUUUUUGUAGUUGUAGACACACAUACUUUUUGCUAUUCCAUUAAAUUCAUGAGAGAUUCCCAUAAUGUUAAGCUGGACUCACAAUCGUCCGUCCAUCAAUCACGUAACCUGCAGCCAAUCAGAUAGCCCAGAAACCUACAUCCGUCCGUCUGUCAAAACCUUACCAAGCUUUAACUUUCGACAGACGGAUGAAAUAACCUCCAAAAUUUUAGCAAGAUACCUAUUCCCGGCGACAUUUACCGUCUUAUAAGGUUUUUAUUUUUAUGUAUAUGUAGUUGUUUAUCUGCUUCCAUUAAAUGUUUUUACAUAUGUUUGAACAUAUUUUGAACAACUGAAAAUAUAUAUUAAUAAAUAUCAGAGCAAAAAAUAUUGAAUUUUAUUAUUUAUUAAAUGCUUAACUUUCAUGUUCAUCAAUAUAAUAUAUCUAUACAAAAUAAAUUUUCACCAGUAUUUAAGAUUUUUGGACUGUUGGCAGCAUUAAAAUGACAAAGUAUUUAACGGACUUGAGGAUGAUUGUGAAUGCUCGGCUUGAUGGAUAGAUGGCUAACAUGCGGCAGAUCAUUGCGAGUCUAGCUUUAGUUUACAUCACAUUUAUUUUCUAGUCUUAAAGUAAAUAAUUACUGUUUUAUAAUGUAAUAUUUAAUUAAUGAUAACCAAAAUUAAUGGUGUGAAAAUGAUUAAGUUAAUUUUUAGUUCAGUUUUAUAAUUUUUUUUUGGGGAAGUAUGUACAGUUUUUAUUAAUUUUGGACUGUGUUAUAACAUGAUGUAUAAAAAGUAUAUUUGUUGUAUUUUUAUAUUAAUAAUGACUGAUUCCAUUACAUGAAAGAAAAGACAAUGUAGUUAAGCUAAAUUUUAUAAACAAAGUGUUCUUAAAAAAAUUGUGUUAUUAAUAAAUGUAAUGAUUAUGAUUUUAUGAUUAUAUUAUUGUACUUGUGAUACCAUGUAAAUGUUGUACAAGAGUUUGUAAUGUUUAUUAUCCUAAUAUAGCUGAAGAAACUU